AAGCACUAUAUAUAAAUCUUGAGGAACCCAAUAUUUUUUCAUCUCAAUCUCAGAUUCUUCACUCACAAAUUCUUAGUUUUCGUUCAAUUUUUUUGUUAAGUUUUAGGGUUACCAUGGUGGUAGCAUUGGGUCCUGGAAAAUUCUACGGCAGCAGUUUACCAAGGCCGAGGUUUUACGAAAACCCAAAUGGAGAGCGGGUCGAUCCACCGGUGUCCGUUUUGGAUCCGUUGAUGUCAUGGGCUGAGGAAGCUCACUGGUCAAUGGGGGGUUUGAGUUUCAAACGCCUCCGUCUUCAAGGACGGAUCGAAGGUAACAUCAAGAAACUCAGAGCUGAGCAUGAGAAGAUGGAGAAGUUGGAGAAGAAAUCGGCGAAAAAGGGUUCGGUGUCGUCACCGGUGGUUCAUGUAAGUCCAUCUCCUCCUCCUGCUCCAUUGAAUUUGAAGAGGAAAGUGCGAUUGGUUGAUGAAUCUGAUGAUGAAAAUGAAGAAAUGGGGGUAGAGGGGAGAGUGGAAAAAAGGGGUCUAGCGAGGAAAUUGGAUGAUGAUUUUGAUAAAGUUGCUGAGAAGAGUGAUGGGGUAGUUAUGGGAAGAACAAGGAGUGGUAGAAACAAAGAAGCUGUAGUUGAGAAAUUGAAACCCAGAGGUAGAAAAUUGAAGAAGGGAGUGAAGGGAUCUGAGAAGAAGAGUGUAUCAGUGACACCAAAUGCAGCAAGAACUUCACCAAGAUUGUCGAAACGUCGGUUGCCUUGAAGGUGUUUGAUAAUUUGUGUCAAUGAACAAAACCUUCAAUAGUACAGUUAUAAGUGUGUUAGCUUUGCAAUGUAGGUUGGAUUAUUGUAGUAAGUUGCUAAUCUUGAUAAAAAAUGAAUGAAAAUUGAAACAAUCCAGUUGUUGAAUGCUUUAUAAUUGAUUGUCUUUGGUUUAUGGUUUUAAAUCUUGAAAAUGUGUUUAAUGAUUAAGAUUUUCUUUGAA